GGAGCUGCGCCGCGGCUCGAGUUCCCGGCUGCGCGGCUUCCGCGUGGACCCCGCCGGGGAACCGCUGCGGCAAGUGUGCUGGGGUUUGCGUGCUGCGCUCGGUGGGUACGAGGCUCCGGGGCCCGGGCUCGCCCCGGGGUUCGGGCGGUUCUGCGGGAGCGGCGGAGAAUAGCCGAGGACAAACCUGGCGGCAAAUCUGUGGGAGACAAUGUUUGCAUAACUCCAAGGAGACCAGGCAGUGAAAAUGUCAGCCCUCAACUGGAAACCCUUUGUGUAUGGAGGGCUGGCCUCCAUCACAGCCGAAUGCGGUACAUUUCCAAUUGAUUUAACUAAGACACGGCUCCAGAUUCAAGGCCAGACAAAUGAUGCCAACUUCCGGGAAAUCAGGUAUCGAGGAAUGUUGCAUGCCCUGAUGCGGAUAGGCCGAGAAGAAGGGCUGAGGGCACUGUAUUCAGGGAUUGCCCCUGCAAUGCUGCGCCAGGCUUCCUAUGGAACCAUCAAGAUCGGGACUUACCAGAGCUUGAAGCGAUUAGCUGUGGAACGCCCAGAAGACGAGACCCUGCUGAUCAAUGUUGUGUGUGGAAUCCUGUCCGGAGUUAUAUCCUCAGCGAUUGCUAAUCCAACUGAUGUUUUGAAAAUCCGAAUGCAAGCCCAGAAUCAUGCUGUUCAAGGAGGAAUGAUAGGCAACUUCAUUAACAUUUACCAGCAGGAAGGGACAAGAGGACUGUGGAAGGGUGUGUCCCUCACAGCUCAGAGGGCUGCCAUUGUGGUCGGUGUGGAGCUUCCUGUCUAUGAUGUCACCAAGAAGCACCUGAUACUCUCAGGCCUGAUGGGAGACACUGUCUCUACGCACUUUCUCUCAAGCUUCACCUGCGGUCUGGUGGGAGCCUUGGCCUCAAACCCAGUUGAUGUUGUGAGAACUCGCAUGAUGAAUCAGAGAGUCCUUCGAGAUGGCAGGUGCUCUGGCUACAAGGGUACCUUGGAUUGCUUUUUGCAGACUUGGAAGAAUGAAGGAUUUUUUGCUCUAUAUAAAGGGUUUUGGCCAAAUUGGUUGCGCCUUGGUCCUUGGAAUAUCAUCUUCUUUUUGACAUACGAGCAGCUGAAGAAACUGGACUUGUGACCAGUCCAUGCAACCCAAGACAUGCUUCUGAAAAACCAACUUCCACGAUGGUAGGCCCUCCUGUGCUUCUGGCUGCUUCUCACUGCACAGCUCAUCACAGCUUCUGGGAUGGGAGCGCUGGGUGAAGACCAGCUUCUUCAGAUCCCACGUUUCAUCUGUGUUGGGAGCCUAGAGCACAGCGUCUACUCCCUGGUCGUUAGCACUGAAGUGCCCUUUGACAUCGAGAUCAUGUACCUAAUAUACCUUUCUUGCUGUAGAAAACUCUCAAGAACUGUGUGCUGCUUUCUUCCUGGAGAGCAGCCCUGCUGCCUCUGGACUUCCAGCUGUGAACAGCAGCCUCUCUGAGAAGGCUCCGGGAGUGAUGGAGUCCCCCUCCCCGUCCCGUGUGUGGUAUUAUUCCUCAACCAUUGAGGCUUCAGUUUCCUGUCAGCCAGAGACUGGACAGUGCAGGAAGGUAGAUCCUUAGGAUAUUGCCCUGCCAUAUAGUUCCUGUUUGGGCAGGAUCUUUCACUUACAGUAAGUGAAGUUGUUAAGCCUUUGAAGACUUGGUAACAUUGGCCACCUGCCCUAUGAUUUUUUUUUUUUUUAAGCAAAAUUUAUUGUUUCCAUAUCAACCCAAUGGGGACAGUCAUGCUUUAAGUAGGCAUGAGGUGAAGGGGACACUGCAGAGGCUGCCAUGUGAAGGUGGGUGUGUUUCCAUCCAUCAGUAAAUAGUUGGCGUACCACAGGGCUCUCCUGGUCAUGGUGACCAAAGGGCCUUGUUAAAGAACACCACAGGUGAAGUUUUUACAGUUGCCAGGGAAUGGAAGAGGCGAGCCUCCAGAGUUCUGGCCUUUACUUCAGCUCAAGGUGAGUUUGUUAAUUUUUUUUUUUAAUCUGAGAUUUCCUACUUAAUUUCCAUGAAAUUUAAAAAAAAGAUUACUUUUCUAACCUCCCCUUUUAUUUUUUGUGAUGUCGGGGAUCAAACCCUCGGCAUUCCUGGGUAUCUGCCCCACACUGAACUCACUCCACUCCAACCCAAAGUGAUGGCUGAGUGCCUCUGUUUAUUUUCCUUCUGUAGCACCUUCUACAUUUUUUUUUUUCCUUCUGAGACUGUGACAAAACCUCCUAUACUUUUCGGAGAAAGAUGUCUCUAAGAGCUGAGAGCAUUAUACUUCCAGAAGGGAGCCCACUCCCUUCAGCUGUGCCUGUGAAAGCCUCAUUAGUACUGACCCUUCCCGAGCUGGCCAUAGUGCCUUGUGCAUUUCUGACUGUGCAUGGGGCCCCUUCCUCCUUGAGGCAGAAGUGAGGUUUCCCCUGAGGGUUGGGCAUUUUUCUUAAUGCCCAGUUUGUGAAGCAGGAUUUUUUUUUUUCCAAGACAGAAUCAUCACAGAGAACAGAAACAUUGAUUUCUUAAAGAUGAAGAAAGUCUACAACUCCCUAGCAAGCCAUUAGAUGGUAGUGUUGCUGUUGGCCUGGAUCCUAGCAUUAGAGAUAUUUUUUUUAUUCUUCUGAUUUGAACAUUCCACUGAAGCAAUAGAUUCCAGAGGCUUUCUCUCUUGAGUUGAAAGGAUUUUGCAUUAUUUUCAAACCACUUUUAAAACUUUAACCCCCCUUUUUUUCGUUUCCUUUAUUUUUAUUUUUUAAUUUUGGAGACAAGAGUUUAUCUGUGUGGUCCUGGAUGUCCUAGAACUUGAGCUGUAGACCAGGCUGGCCUCUGACUCAAGAGCUCGUCCUGCUUCUCUGCUUCCCAAAUGCUGGGAUGAAAGGCGUGCACCACCACCAACUGGCAGAAAAGCCACUUUAAAGUGUGAAGGUAAUGACUAGAGUAGAAACAGGUCCAUUCUGAAGCCCAUGUGAAGAGUGGACAUCAGACAGUAUUAUCAGUUAAUUCACAUCAUGUCUGUGUCUAUACCUCGGUGAAAAGAAACUUAGACCUCACUGUUAAACCUCAGCGUGUUUCAAGGCAGAAUUGCAGCAUUUUAAGGCAAGGAUGGUGCCAGUUUAUUAAGUGCCUUAUAGGACAGGAUCUUAACCUGCCUGCUCCCUCUCCCUGGAGUGAAUACACUUGCUGUUUCUAACCCAGAGACAACUUAAAGCACUUGGUGGUGUACGUGUGGUUAGUGCGCUUCACCACUGGGCAUUUUCCUUAAGUAUGGUGAAAACCAUUUCAAGUUUUUGUAACUAAGCCUGAGGAAAUUGUGUUGGUGUUACUGAUGCUCUGUCGUGCUUGUUUGUAAUGUAAAAAAAAAAAAUGGCUCUUGUUCUCUAUUUAUUCAUGUGCUAUACAUAGUGUGUAUUAUGUAAAGAGUAUACAUUUUCCACAAGCCUUUCUAUUUCAAGCUCUUUAUACAGUGUUGGACUGUGUGGCAUAAACCUUGUUUCAUUAUUUAAUAAACUGAAAUAAUAUAUAAUGAUAA